GCGCUCUAUUUAGAAAUAUUUACUUUGCAGCAGUGGAUUUGGUCUUCUUUAGCAGGCAGAUAGAGCGUUAUGGUGGAGGUUUAUAGUAGCAGAGAGUUGAGGGAAGGGGAAGGGAAGGAAAUAGGAAUGGUGUUGCCGUUUGAAGUGGCUGCUGAAGACAGUCAGAGUCUGCUGUCUUUGACCAGAGAAAUGGAGCACCUCUUGGACCCCCUGAACAAACUCAGAACUCCGCCUCCUUCCGUUGACCUUUCACCCCUAGAGUGCCACGCCCUCCAAACAGAGGAGGUGGAAACCCUGACUGCCAUAUAUGGCAGUGAUCUGAGGACACUCAAUGACCAGGGGACCUGUUUCUCGGUAAACGUGCGAUUCCUGUCACAGGACGUGGUUCAAGACGACGAUGUCAUCAAGAUUUGGUUCAGUCUCCCAGCCUCCUACCCCAGCGUUCCUCCUGUGUUUGAGAUCGAGACUAACACCUCCGGAUCAUUCAACUACAGAGACGCUGAUGACCUCUUUGACCUUUUGAUGAGGGAGACUACAUGCCAGGACUGAUAGAGACCAAGAGAGAGGUCGGGAAGAGGAGGGAGAAGGAGGAGAGAGAAAGAAUGGGGAGACUUCAACUGGAAGAGGCACUAGAGACAAGGAACAAGAAAACUGGCGUACCAGGCGAGAUAUGGGACGUUCUGCUGCCUGAGGACCAGUCAGCAGAAAAGACCGAGAGAGAGGAGGAGGAGGACGAGAUGGGUGCUGGUAGGUUGCCCAGUGGUGGUGGAGCCAUGAGGGAUGACGUCACUUUUGGGCCAGCUCAUUUCGUGGGGUCCAUCUCCAAUAUUCUCAGCAAGUUCCCCGAUGGUUUCCAGAUACAUAGAAUAGAGAACAUCUUGCGACAGGACCUGGCCAGGAGGUUCCACCGCUGCCGAGAAACCAUGACCUCUGUACUUGCCGACAGCGAGAGGAAGAACCCGCACAUGUACGACGUGCAGACCCACGUUGCCUUCCACGGAACUCUCACCAGGAGCCUCCCCUCCAUUGUUGAGAGAGGUCUGGUGAUUCCGGGCUCUGGAAAUAGUGUCAAGGUUCGCUGUGGCUCGUCCCUAGGUGUGGGCAUCUACCUCUCUCCCUCUCCUGCCUUCAGUCUCAGUUUCACUGACUCCAAUAGACUGAUAGUGUGUGCAGCUCUACUGGGGAGAGUCUACCGCUAUGGCAGCAUAUUCACUGGCAGAUUCCACAGUUCAUUCAAUUCCCUAGUGUGUGGAGAAGAGUGGGUGUUCUUCAAUGCAGCGCAGGUAAGGGGGCAGCUCGCCCAGUUCAAUUACCAUCUCGAUCUUUGCUUCAGGUUACUUGUGUAAACGAACAUAAUCGUGUUUAGAACUGGAGAUGUGCGUACAAAUAAACUUCAAACAGUUUAUACUAAGCACAGCAGCAUUUCCUUCACAAACGCCCUGUGAUCAUGUCCAGUAACUGCGUUACCUGUCGGGGCCUGGACAAGCCCUGGUCAUGGUGGUCUGCACUAAUCUCCGAGUACAUGUACAUAUACGGUGUCUGGUUGUCACUAACUACUUUACAGCCUGCGUAGGAUGGCUCUUUAUUACGGUUUCACAGGCUCUUCGCUUUCUGAGCAAGUCUCAGAACAGUCGCAAAACCAACAGCACCUAAAAUUUGAUGCAGUAGUAUAUUAUACUAAAGGUGUGUGUCUGCAAAAGCUUCACUGAACACGUACAUUUGAAAAGCUUUGAUGAUAUAUUAUGUUAUUAUGAACAUGCGACUGAGCUUUAGUUCAGGUGGUUGAGGUACUUAAUCAAAUCUCCCGCUAUAUGGCAAUACCCAAAAGCGGUGUGUGGUUGCUUAAACUGUGAUUAAGGAUGCCAACCUGUCUUUGUGCAUCAGAAGAUGGUGGGUGCGGACAUGCGCCUGCAACAUUGAAGAUAUUAAUUUGCUAACUAACCUAGAUUUUUCAUAAUAUCUUGUCUAACUGCGCAUGCGUUCCGAGUAGUCACUGUGAAUGCUAUUGGUACG